AUGCUUGUUUUGAAGGUUUUCAUUUGUGAAGUGAUUGGUUGUGUGGAAGUUCUUGUGGGUUUAGUGGUUAAUACCUUUAUAUUGGUUACCAAUCUCAAAGACUGGUGGACUAGCAGAAAGCUAAAGCCUUAUGAUCAGAUCAUGGUGAACCUUGGACUUUCCAGAGUCUGUCUUCUUUCAUGCUUCUUCUUCAGGAUCACUAAUCGGGUCUUCAAGUUAGAGCUGUACUCUAGCCCUGCACAAAGGAGUGUUUUCCGGGCGGCUCAGUUACUUUUUGACUUUUCCAGUUUGUGGUUCGCCAUGUGGCUUUGUUUCCUCUACUUUGUGAAGAUUACCAUCUUUAAAAACCACUUCCUUCUCCGGGUAAAACUCAGAAUACCACAACUGGUACCACCUGCCAUCAUCAUAACCUAUGCCGUCGCCUUUAUUUUUGGAUUUAUUUUAGCUUUUUUCAUUAAAGAAACGGCAGACAUUAUGGACAACAAUAACUUGCCGGCAAACAAAAGUGUUUACAAGGAAUUGAGCUACAUGAUACCAUCGUAUGUUUUUGGCCAUUUUUUGCCUUUUAUAUUUGCUAGUAUCUCGACUUCCUUACUGAUUCAUGCUAUAAGCGGUCACGUAAGACAUGUCAAAAAUAAUGUAACAGGUUUUACAAGACCCAGGUUGGAUGCCCAUCUAUCAUUAAUUCGUUCCGCUGUCUUACUGGAGUUUAUGACCGUCUGUAAUCUUCUGGCCACAUUUAUCUUCCAGUUUGACUUCUAUGGACAUUUUGAAACCAAUGUCAGCUUUUUGUUCCUGGUUUCCUACCCAUUGUUCCAUUCAUUGGCAAUUAUUUCAGGAAAUGCAAAGCUUAAACGGGCCCUUUGGGGAGUUGUAGGUUGUGUUAAAGGAAAGGUUGCAGUAGAAAGGUUUCCUAUAACUCAACAAAUAGAAACCAAAAGACAGACCACUGCUCAGCAAAAAUAA